UUUACUCGAGUGCAGGUAGAAAUAUGGAUAAUAACGUCUUUAUCAUCAACAGCAAAGAAGUUUGACUGUAAUUUAGAUAAAUUGCUUUUAAAAUUUAAAUAAAUGACCUAAUACAGUUUGUUCGGUACAGAUUGAUUCAAUUAUCAGAAAUCGGAUAUUGGUAUUUAUUUUAGUAAAUAGGAGGUGAAAUUGUUAUCGAUUUGGCUUAAAAAUAGGUUCAUAUUUUGUUAAAGAAGUUAUCAAAAAAAAUCUUCAAAAGGACAAGUCAAUCUUUCGAUAAGAAAGAUUUAAGUUUAUAGAUAUAUGAUAAAAGACCUUAACCAGGAGUUAUGACAUGCGUUGGUCACACAGCAUGUAUUUUGUGAGGAAAACGAUAACUUACUGAAAACAGAAGUGCUUUGAAGAUCCUUAGAAGGAUUAUGGGAAGUAAAUGACAAACGGUUUCUGACUGUGUGAGUAGUUGUCGGUGAAGUGCUGGUCGACUACAGGCCGUUGUUAAGGAUAUCCGAAUACUUCAAGCCUUCAAACAUGGAUAAAUAAAAAAUAAAGUGGUCGAAAACAAAUUAUAAUCACUUGUCGACAAGACACGUGGAACAUCGCACGUCCCUGAAAGUCACGUGUUAUUAUCAUCCGAAUAGCGCGUGUCCACGUGUGACGCACGCGCCAUGGCGUUCAAUGUGACGUACGGCGCGUUAACGGACCGCAACAUCAAGCACCUGUACACGACCAGGGAGAAGACCAUGCAUAAGAAUAUCCCUAGACAGAAACUGCACAGACCCGAGCUGCUCCAGCUGGAGAUACAAGCUACUGAACGUUUCCGACACCGCCGCCGACGACGACGGGAGCCCAAUAUGGAGUUUAUACCGGAGUUUGGCAUCGAUGUGCCGCGGGCCCCCGCUUUCAGAACGGGCAACAAGGAGUUCAUAGCCGGUCUGGUGGAUCGACUGACAAAGAAACCGGAUAUCAAGUCCAACCCACGGGGUUGCGGCCACUACCAGCGGGGCUUCCACGAGUACGAAUGGGAGGAGGAAGCUACCUCAUCACGUGACCCCGUGCCAGCGCGGCGAAUGAAAAGCAUUCUGAACAGGCUCACGCGCCCCGUCGGGUGCGGCAAGCGUCACCCCACACCGGAUCUAAAUGAAGAUGACUAUCUACCAAACUUCGUUAUAUGAGUGGCAGAAGUACAAAACAUUGAUAUAAAAUUGUGCUCACUGGAAACUAUAAAGUAUUACAUUUUUACGUGUAAUCGUAAAUAAGCUCUUCAGUAUUAAUUUAAGAUUUAUUAACAGUGUGCUGGUAAGUUAUUGUUCCAGUAUAAUUACAAGUAUACUUCUCCCAUAGCGCUGUUCUUCGGCGAGUGUUGUAGAACAGUAUACAGUUAUUUCAUGGUUAUUUGGUUAACAGUCAAAACUGUUGUCCCGAGGUGGCGGAGAUGACUUCUGGACCGUGGCACGAGGCCGAUAUGGCGGGGGCAACAGUACAGAAUGUCAUCGCCGACACCAAAGGAAAGGGUUCUUUAACCGUUACCAAAAGCACCAUGAAAUAACUGUUUUAUUACUAGUAGGUUUAUCUUAACCAAAAGAAAAUAACUGUUUUAUUACCUGAUCAAAAUUUAUUUGAACACAUUGUUAAAAACAUUAAUUAUAUGCCGUCGAAAAAUAAAAUUUGGAAAUAGCGCGAGAGGGAAACAGUUCAUACCGUUGCCCGAGAAAUAGUUCAAUUCAAGACAAAUUGUUUGCUUUCAAAUAAAUCACCCAAAAAUAACAAAUUUGUAUUUCUGUAACGAAUCAGGUAACUAUAUUAUUUAUAACUUAAUUCAAGGGACAUAUCUUAUCUAUUAUUCAUGUAUAUCUGGCGCAUUUAGUUUUUUAGCAAUAAAAUAAUUAGGUUGACUGACGCAUUUAUCAUUUCAUUAUAACAUGUAGCGUGUGACAUGAGGUACAAAACUUUCGAAUAUUUCAUUAUGUAUCUCUGACAGUCUAUCACGCCCACCUGCUGUUUUGUGUGAACAGAAUAACUUAUAUCAUAAAACGACGGAACUAUGGUUUAUACGUACAUGAUAACAUUGAUGUAAUUAUUCGCGGACAAUACAUGCUUACAUUUUUUUAUAGGAAACUUCAUGGUUCUAUUAUGUUUGACAAUAUUACUGUGUCGUAUUUACCUUUACUUAGGUAAGUGCAUUCUCCUACUAUACAAUGCCAGUCAAAACGUCGUUUGGAUAUUUCCAUUCAAGGUCUCAGGCCUUAGGAUCAUACAUUCAUACCUAACUGGCUCAACAGUUUAGUUUCUACUUUGUUAAUUCAUUGACUCUUCAAAUAAUAAAGUAAUAUUUUAACAUGUA